AUGGUGGAUUCAGUUCAUCCAGACGACCUGUUAAUUCAUCUCGAGUGCCUCAUCGGGGACGAACUAUCUGAAUCGGAUGUUUCUACAUCCGAGUUGAAUCUAAACGUACCCAGCCGUUUGGAAGUGAAAAAAGAGUGGGAUCAUCUGUUAGAAUCCCCAGAGAAGAACUCCAAAUUGAGAUUUACAAACAGUUCGUUGAAGCAGGUAUCUCGUUCAAAAGCCCUGAUUAAAUCUGAGCUCCAGCGAACAAAGUAUGUGGAAAACCGAAUGCCUGGAUUACGCAGUUCACGUACAAGGUGUGCCACAGCUGAUUCGUCCACACUGGAUCGAAUAUUGCAGCGACAAGAAGAAGCGAGGGCUCGGCGUGAAAUGAGACUGCAGGAAACCAUGGAACGUCGAGAGGAGAUGAAAAUACGCAAAGAGGCAGAACGCGAAGCACUGCAAAUUGUAAAGCAAGUAAGAUGGUGUUUGGUUUGGUACAUUACUGCAGUCUAA